AUGUUCAUCACCUUCUCCAAGGGAAAUGCCAUCCACCGCGAGGAGAUCUUUGAGUACUUCAAGCAGAAGUGGGGUGACUGCGUGGUGAGGGUGCUGAUGGAGAAGACGAAGGGAGGCCACAUGCCUAUGUACGGCCGGAUUAUCUUCAAGACAGAGGCGAUCCUGAAGCUCGUGCUCAACGGCGAGAGGCUCGUCAAGAUCUCCAUAGGACAACAUGAGAUUUGGCUCCGCAAGUAUGUCCCCAAGCCAACCAACACUGCCGCCUGA